GCCUUUUGUUGAAGGAUAGGCGCAAAAGUGAAACAAUGGAAAUAAAAAAUCAUAAUACUAGCUUUAAUGGCAUGAAAACACGAUAUGUAGAAAUCAACUCUGACCCUUUCGCCAUUUGUUAGGAUAACAACGAUCAUUAGUGCGACAAUUCGUUGUUUUAAAUUAGAACAUUUUGGAAUAUAUUUAUUCCACUUUUGAAAUAGCUAUCCGAGACAGGAGCCAAGCCAGUAAGAUGAUAUAUCUGAUGUUGAUCAUGGACCUAGUUAUGCUGACUACAAGGGUUAUGUCUCGUCCUGAAGCGAUAGAUCCCAGUGGAGCUCCAGAUUUGGAAAUUUCUGCCAAUGGUACAACCAUCAGUGUUAAACAAAUUACCACUGCUACUGAUACCCCGAAUGAAACUACCAUCGGUGAUGGUUCUCUAAAUGAAACCACAAUUUCUAAAUCAAAGAAUGAAACCACCGGUGAGACCCUGGAAGAAGAUGUAGCAUCAUCCAAUGCCACUGAAUCGAGCGAUCGGAAGACAACAGACACUACAGUAAAAACAGAUCAAAGAUCCACAGAAUCAACAGAUAAAACGACAACCACUGGAUGGGCGAAUUCCACAGCUACAAAAAAUGGAACUUUAAAAACGACACCCAACAAUAAUGUGACAUUAACACCGAGGCCGAAAAGUAUUGCACCUUCACAGUUUUGCUUCAUUCUUUAUAUUGCUGAUCCUGUGAAAUUAGGGGAAUGUUUGUCUAAACUGGUUAAGAAGUCUACUGAAUCAGCCUCCCAUGAGGCUAGCCAAGACCGACUCUAUGAAGUUGCAGAUGACAUCACCCGAUACCUUUCCCCCGUUAUAAUCAUAAUAGGAACAGUUCUGAAUAUAUUGUCAUUCAUAGUGCUUGUGUUUACAAAGAUGAGUCUGAAGAGUUCCAGCGUGUAUUUAGCUGCAUUAAGUGUAACGGACACGUUGAAUCUCUGGCUUAAUCUUACGAGACGCUGGAUCUUAGCAGUUUGGACAUUAGAUUUUAGAGACACGCAUGUAGUAAUCUGUAAAUUAAGCGCAUUCUUUGCUUAUUAUCUUCCACAUGUUUCAGCUUGGUUAAUAGUCGCGGUGACUCUUGAAAGGGUCAUUUACGUAUGUCUCCCUCUCCGAGCUAAAUUUAUCUGCACUAAACGAAAUGCUCUCAUUGCAAUUUUGACAAUCUUUGGUAUUUUCAUCAUCAUUAAUGGAUUCCUUUUUCGCUACCAAGGUCCGUUUAAAGAGAACCCCUGUUAUAGAAUAUCAGACCCCAAUCACGUCCUGUUCCGCGUGAAGAUAUGGCCCCAUCUAGAUAUGGUGCUGUCAUCAUUACUACCAUUUUCAAUCCUUAUGUUUGGGAAUGUUAUGAUCAUUGCCAGUCGUAUUAAAGCUGCCAAAUGGAAGGCAAAAGCUAAAGCCCAAGCAAAUACUGUACCAUCAGCAAUUGAUAAACAAACAAUCUCAAUAACACUUAUGUUGCUUUCUAUUAGUUUUGUAUUCAUCAUUCUUACUCUAC